AUGGUUUUCGUUUUUGCGACGCGGAGGAGAAACGGAGGCGUGGCUCACGCGGUCGUCGUGCGCACGGUCCGCGCGGUGGCUGGGACCGUGCCGGGACGCGGCGGCGGUGGUGGUAGCAGCCGUGGAGGGCGGCGGGUAGAGCCGACAGCUACGACGACCGCGACGGUGCACUGCGCUGCACUAGCACUACUCGACGACGACGACGACCGCCGCCGCCACUACACACCACCGGCGACCGGCAGUUCACAGCGGACCGUACCUCACGACGCACUGCUGCGGCUGUCGAUCAUUGCACUCUAUCAUCGCCACUACCACCACCACUACUACUACUACUCUACUAUUAUUACCACCUGA